ACGCCUGUCCCUGCGGACAUCAACAAACAAGGCAUACAAGGCCGAGGCUUAUGUGUCUCUGAUCCAGCAUAUCUGGGACGUGGCCUUUCCUGCUCGAUUUCGGGGGAGGAACAAGACCAGGAGUGGCCUUAUCGACUCCGGCGAACCUGAUGCCGUUCGGUGGAACCAUUACAAAAGAAAACUGGGCAAACAGAUCGAAGCCGGCCAACGAUGGCUCAGAUUCGCCGACAAAUUCGGGUGGUCAGCUCUAGGGCUGGUGACCCGAGACUGGUUUAUUGACGAGAACAGGGUGGUAGCCAAUGACCGAAUAUUCGAAGAGAUCUUGGCAGCAUCGGAGCUCGGCACACUGUUGGAUGAAUUAGAGUCUGUGAAAGGACGAUUUUUGCGGCAGCUGAACAAGACUCUCGGUGGAAGCCUGUUCGACCUGCUGGCGGAUUCGAAUCGCGCACAAGGAUUACCUCUGUUGAAACUUGAUGACCAUGAUAUUUUGACACGGCCGGACUGCGAUCAGUCCUGGUUCGAUGACUUUCACUUGAAUGAAAAACAGAAGCGAAGCAGAUAA